AUGCCACGCCAGCCUCGCCGCGAAGAGUACACUGUAGGAUGGGUAUGCGCACUGCCCAUCGAGUCCGCAGCAGCGAAGCUUAUGCUGGACGAAGAGUAUGACCCUCCUCUUCUCGAACCAGGCGAGACGUGUGAUGAUGUAUACUCCACGGGGUCGAUCGCCGGCCACAACGUUGUCAUCGCUUGCCUCGAAUCAGGACGUACUGGGACGAAUUCCGCAGCAACGUUAGCCACACGAAUGCAAGCAAUGUUUAAAGGAAUUCGAUUUGGGCUCAUGGUAGGAAUUGGUGGGGGUGUACCAAGCGAGCAAAAAGAUAUCCGGCUUGGAGAGGUGGUUGUCAGUGUGCCGGGGGGUACCUUUGCAGGGGUGGUGCAAUACGAUAUGGGGAAGACAACACCAGGAAACAACAUCAGAACAGGAAACUUAAACUCGCCACCGAGAGUUUUGCUUAGUGCAGUAAACGUGCUGAAAACCGACGCCUUGCUAGGCAGGAGCAAGCUGCUCAACAUACUCUCAAAAACCCAGGAUAUCCCUUCCUUGCGGCGGUGCGAAUCCAGUACAGAUGUGCUGUACGACGCGUCCUACAAUCACGGAAACGAUUCAACUUGUGAGAAUUGUCGUUCCGAUAAACAAUUGGUCCGCUACCAACGCAGAAGGGGAGAAGAAGUGGUAGUGCAUCACGGAACCAUCGCAUCAGGCAACCAAGUGAUGAAGAGCGCUGCUGAAAGGGACAAGAUUAGCCAAAAACUCGGCGGUGUUCUAUGCUUCGAGAUGGAGGCAGCCGGUCUUAUGAACAGCUUUCCCUGCCUUGUCAUCCGUGGCAUCAGCGAUUAUGCAGAUUCUCAUAAAAACGAUCAAUGGCAAGGUUACGCAGCGGCAACUGCAGCUGCCUAUGCUAGAGAGCUUCUCUUGAAGAUUCAACCAACUCGGGUGAUGGAAACUGCUAGGGUAGAAGACGUGAUUAACGACCCGAGGAGUUAG